GUGGUUCUGCGGUAGGACUAGCCAGCACCCCACGCCAUGGGGUCUCCAAACGCUGGGCCGGCGGAGCUGGGCUUCGUGGAGGCGGCGCCGUCGUGGCGGCUGCGCAGCGAGCAGUUCCCCAGCAAGGUGGGCGGCCGGCCGGCGUGGCUAAGUGCGGCCGGGCUGCCCGGGCCCCCGGAGCUGGCCUGCCCGCUGUGUGGCCGCCCGAUGGCCUUCCUGCUGCAGGUGUACGCGCCGCUGCCAGGCCGCGCCGAUGCCUUCCACCGCUGUCUUUUCCUCUUCUGCUGCCGGACGCCGCCGUGCUGCUGCGGCCUGCGCGUUUUCAGAAAUCAGCUGCCCAGGAGAAAUGACUUCUACUCCUAUGAGCCACCUUCUGAGGAUCCUCCGUCACAGACAGGAGAGUCUGUGUAUCUCCAGCUCAAGUCUGGUGCACAUCUCUGCAGAGUUUGUGGCUGUUCAGGCCCCAAAAGAUGCUCCAGAUGUCACAAGGCACAUUACUGCAGUAAGGAGCAUCAGAGUCUGGACUGGCGAUUAGGACAUAAGCAGGCUUGUGCGCAGACAGAUAAUUUGGACAGUACAGUUCCAGAUCACAACUUCCUUUUUCCAGAAUUUGAAAUUGUAAUAGAAACAGAAGAUGAGAUUAUGCCUGAAGUUGUGGAAAGAGAUGAUGAAUCAGAGAUUAUAGGAAGCAUGGGUGAAGCACAUGAGGAAGAAUUGGAAUCCAUGGCAAAACAUGAAUCUAAGGAAGAUAAAAUUUUCCAGAAGUUUAAAACUAAAAUAUCCCUUGAACCAGAACAGAUUCUCAGAUAUGGCAGAGGGAUUGCCCCGCUCUGGAUCUCCGGUAAAAAUAUCCCUCAAGAAAAGGAUAUUCCAGGUUGCCCCUGUGGUGCUAAGAGAUUAUUUGAAUUCCAGGUCAUGCCUCAGCUGCUCAACUACCUGAAGGCGGACAGACUGGGCAGGAGCGUCGACUGGGGCGUCCUGGCCGUCUUCACCUGCGCUGAAAGCUGUGAACUGGGCACUGGCUACGCAGAGGAGUUUGUUUGGAAGCAGGAUGUAACAGACGCAGCCUAAAGACAAUGGUGUAAAGCCUUAAAAUAUUCAUAAUCUCUUCUACCUUGCA